AUGCCCUCCAUCACGGGCUACCUGUCCCGCUAUUUCAGCCACGAGAAGCCCAAGCCCCCUCCAAUCACGACCGGUACGGCCUCGGCCUUGCUUGUGAUCUACACGCUGGUCUACGUCCUGCCGUUUUACCUGUCGUCCACCACCAGGCCGUCCAGGACCCUCUCCCGGGAUGCGCCCUCUGUCAUCCGGGCCCGCAUAACCUCUGUGACCCUCACAUGCGUCUUCUGCUCCGUGUCGACCUUUGUGAUCCUCACUUCCCAAGGUCAUGCAACCAGGCCGGAUGCGCUCCGCUCCAUGGGCUACUGGCCCGUGGGCCUGGCCGAGGCGGCCAGGUCGCUCCUGCUGACGGCCAUCCUGUUCGUGGGGCCCUUGUAUGAGACCUUCAUUGUCCAUGGCGCCUGGCGUGACUGGCUGAGCUUGCAGCCGGUCUCUGAGCUGUUCAACGAAUGGACUACGUGGCGUAACAUUGUCGCUGGCCCGUUCACGGAGGAGGUGCUCUUCCGGUCAGCAUCGGUGCCUUUGAUGCUCUUGGCCCAAACCUCAGUGACCAAGACUAUCUUCCUGUCGCCAGUCAUAUUCGGUCUGGCACACUUGCACCAUUUCUACGAGUUCAGGCUCUCGCAUCCCCAGGUUCCAGUCUCGGUAUCAGUGCUGCGCUCGUUGGUCCAGCUAACGUACACUUCCUUGUUCGGCGCAUAUGCCACCUUCCUGUUUCUCCGUACCGGUAGCCUGCUAGCCAUUUUUGUCGUGCAUGCGUUCUGCAACUGUAUGGGCUUCCCUCGCUUCUGGGGACGCGUCGAGCCACUCAACGAGAACGAGGAUUCCAAGUCCAAGCCGUCGAUCAUGUGGUCGGUGAUCUACUACGUCCUGUUGUUCGUUGGGGCCGGCCUGUGGUGGAAGAACCUAGGACCGUUGACCCAGAGCGCCAAUGAGUUAGUGCCGGUCAAGAUCUGA